AAACUAUCGCCAUCGCUGAACUUGGGCCGCUCAAUUGAUCAUUGUUUCCCUACAACCUACGACGCACAACUUCUCUGUACCUCUGCCUACCGAGUCCUAACCCUCGGCAGCCUUGCGACACCUCACGCCGGCCAAUGCCCAUCUAGCGACCGCCGCCUUCGACCCGACAAAACUUGCGACUCGACGACCCUUCGAACCCCUCCAAAAUCCGGUCGCGGCGCCCACCUGCCCGCCUCAAGCCAAAACAUGCCGUCUGAUGCCAUGUCAGGCUCACCGGCGGGCUCUAGCACUGCUCUCCCCUCCUUCUACUCCCCUAAGACACAGAAUGCCGACGAAAAGGCCCCGUCGUACAAUGAAGUCGGUGGUCGAACCCUAGAGCAGUCUAUAGAAGACUUGUCCCUCUCCCCCGCUCCCUCCACUCCCGCCUCCGCCUCCGUCUCCGCUCACGCCGAGGGCCCCGAGACCCCCAUCGGCCAACCGCCCCCGCCGUCCCUGCUGUCGCCCGCCUUUACGCCGCCAAGCACGCCCGGAACAUCGACACCUGCGACUCCUGGGCCUCGUGGUGUUCCUGUUGAUAGUUCAAUUGCCUCGGGAGGAUGCGGCUCCAAGCGGCCCAAGCUGCUUGAGACUCUGCCACAUGUCGAGUGUGUCGUCCGCGCCCGCAUUCCCACAGUCAAUGGUACAGAGAUGUUUUUGCAUCUCUACACCAACAAUGUUGAUAACAAGGAGCACCUUGCCAUUGUAUUUGGAAAUGACAUCAGAAGUAAGAGUCUGGAUGCCCCCCAAGAGGGUGAGACCGAGAUGGAUCGCAUGGUGCGCGGCGCAUACACCGGUAAACUGUUUCCUGGUAGGGAAACCAGUGGUAUGAGUGGAGCAAAUACACCAACGGGAGAAGCAUCAUCGCGACAGGUCCCUCUUGUCAGAAUCCAUUCCGAGUGUUACACAGGCGAGACAGCAUGGUCAGCGCGAUGCGACUGUGGCGAGCAACUCGAUGAAGCGGCGCGCCUUAUGAGCCAGAACAAGGCCGGCGGUAUCAUCAUAUACCUGCGACAAGAAGGCCGCGGAAUCGGUCUUGGCGAGAAGCUCAAGGCGUACAACCUCCAGGACCUUGGCUCGGACACUGUUGAGGCAAAUUUGCUUCUGCGACACCCCGCCGAUGCUCGAAGCUAUGGUUUGGCCACAGCCAUGCUGUUGGAUCUUGGCCAAAAGGAUAUCCGACUGCUGACCAACAACCCCGACAAGAUUCGCGCGGUUGAGGGUCCCAACCGCGAGGUUGUGGUCAAGGAGCGUGUGGCCAUGGUGCCUCUGUCUUGGAGGGGAAGGGGAGGUUUCCGGAGCCAGGAGGUGGAGGGUUACCUCAAGACGAAGAUCGAGAAGAUGGGCCACAUGCUAGAUAUGGGAGGACUCCCACAGUAA